GGAUCCCCACCGACAACGUUACCAAACUGGAACGAAGGCGGCGGGAAAAUAGGCCUCGGAAAAACAUGGCUGCUGCCAAGGGAAUAGCCAUUGGCAUCGACCUGGGCACCACCUACUCGUGCGUGGGGGUGUUCCAGCACGGCAAGGUGGAGAUCAUCGCCAACGACCAGGGCAACCGCACCACCCCCAGCUACGUGGCCUUCACCGACACCGAGCGGCUCAUCGGGGAUGCGGCCAAGAACCAGGUAGCCAUGAAUCCCCAGAACACUGUCUUUGAUGCCAAACGCCUGAUUGGCAGAAAAUUUAAUGAUCCUAUAGUGCAAUCAGAUAUGAAACUUUGGCCUUUUCAAGUAGUCAACGAAGGAGGCAAGCCGAAGGUAUUGGUGUCCUACAAAGGAGAGAAAAAAGCUUUCUACCCUGAGGAAAUCUCUUCUAUGGUACUGACUAAGAUGAAGGAGACUGCUGAGGCUUUUUUGGGCCACCCUGUCACCAAUGCUGUGAUCACUGUGCCAGCCUAUUUCAAUGACUCGCAACGCCAGGCCACCAAGGAUGCAGGUGUAAUUGCGGGUCUUAAUGUGCUAAGAAUUAUCAACGAACCCACAGCUGCUGCCAUUGCCUAUGGUUUAGAUAAAGCAGGUCAGGGAGAGCGACAUGUCCUGAUCUUUGAUCUGGGUGGAGGCACAUUUGAUGUUUCCAUCCUGACCAUAGAUGAUGGGAUUUUUGAGGUGAAGGCCACCGCCGGGGACACCCACCUGGGAGGGGAGGACUUUGACAACAGGCUGGUGAGCCACUUUGUGGAGGAGUUCAAGAGGAAGCACAAGAAGGACAUCAGUGAGAACAAGCGAGCCGUGAGGCGGCUGCGCACCGCCUGCGAGAGGGCCAAGAGGACCCUGUCGUCCAGCACCCAGGCCAACCUGGAAAUUGAUUCACUUUAUGAAGGAAUUGACUUCUACACAUCUAUUACCAGAGCCCGGUUUGAAGAGUUGUGUGCAGACCUGUUUCGGGGCACUCUGGAGCCUGUCGAGAAGGCUCUUCGGGAUACCAAGAUGGAUAAGGCUAAAAUCCAUGACAUGGUUUUAGUAGGGGGCUCCACCCGUAUACCUAAGGUUCAGAGGUUGCUGCAGGACUACUUUAAUGGCCGAGAACUUAACAAGAGCAUCAACCCUGAUGAGGCAGUGGCCUAUGGGGCUGCAGUACAGGCAGCCAUUUUGAUGGGGGACAAGUCUGAAAAGGUACAGGACCUGCUGCUGCUGGACGUGGCUCCCCUGUCGCUGGGGCUGGAGACGGCCGGCGGCGUGAUGACCGCCCUGAUCAAGCGCAACUCCACCAUCCCCACCAAGCAGACGCAGAUCUUCACCACCUACUCGGACAACCAGCCCGGGGUGCUGAUCCAGGUGUACGAGGGCGAGCGGGCCAUGACCAAGGACAACAACCUGCUGGGGCGCUUCGACCUGAGUGGCAUCCCCCCGGCCCCCAGGGGCGUGCCCCAGAUCGAGGUGACCUUUGACAUCGACGCCAAUGGCAUCCUGAACGUCACGGCCAUGGACAAGAGCACAGGGAAGGCCAACAAGAUCACCAUCACCAACGACAAGGGCCGCCUGAGCAAGGAGGAGAUCGAGCGCAUGGUUCUGGAUGCUGAGAACUAUAAAGCUGAAGACGAAGUUCAGAGAGAGAAAAUUGCUGCAAAAAAUGCCUUAGAAUCCUAUGCUUUUAACAUGAAGAGUGCUGUGAGUGAUGAAGGUUUAAAGGGUAAGAUUAGUGAGACUGAUAAAAAGAAAAUACUAGAUAAAUGCAGUGAGGUCCUUUCAUGGCUGGAGACCAAUCAACUGGCUGAGAAAGAUGAGUUUGAUCAUAAGAGAAAGGAAUUGGAGCAAGUGUGUAACCCAGUCAUCACAAAACUUUACCAGGAAGGAUACUCUGGGCCUGCCUGUGGAACAGGGUAUACGCCUGGACAGGCUGCCACAGGCCCCACCAUUGAAGAAGUAGAUUAAUCUUAUCUGGAGCUGGAGGGUUCUAGGGUGCUUGGAAGAUGAAAUUUGUUCCCAUCAUCUUCAUACAUUAUGAUUUUUGAAUUGACUGGACCUGAACCUAAAUUAACAUCAUUUUGGGAUUCUGGUGGAGGAGUCUCGUGUGUCAUCUUUUCAUACUUCAAUGUCCUGUUUUUGACUCUGGAAUGAAACUCUUAGGAAAUCUAGGCACCUCUUUGAACCAUAUGACGAAUUUGAAUGUAAUUUAUUUCUGGCCUCCCCAACUUCUUCUGUGUGGAUGGUUGCCACUCAGUAAAUUUGUUCCUAAAGCAAAUUA